AUGGAGUCAAAAACGUAUCUAAUCCGUCCGGACACUCCAUUUGAGGGUAAAUAUCCUCUUUCUUCAUGCGAUCUUCAAGUUCCUCCGGUAUUCACUAGCAAACUGCUCAUCUAUUCCACCGAUGACGAGCAACUAUCACCUUACUCUCAGGAGGCUCAGAGCCUCAUUUCGCGUUUACAGGAUAGCUUGAAAUCCUUCCUUCGUCAGCCUGAGCCUGGGAUCUUGGCUUACCCCCAAUUACUUGGCCAAGUUGUCCGACCAGGAGACGGAGGCGAGCCUCAUAUUGCGGUGAAGGAAUCAUCUGCAAUUCACUUCAAUGUCGCGCACAGACCAGAUAUCAAAUUUGAUAGCUUGCACCGCAAUGGCAGAUUUGCAGUGGAGGCGAUCAAUCUUGCCGAUUUCAAGGUGGAGGUUGAUCUGACCAAGUCACCGGAUAGUUCACGGAACUGUGUCAUUCAUCUUACCUUCAUUGACGGUGGAUUUGUUCUCUUGGUCCAGGUUGCUCACCAGAUUACGGAUGCCAGUGGCUUUGCCGGCCUGAUACGGCAUUGGCUGCAGAGAGCCCGAGAUGGAUUGUCAGCAGAUCUCCAAUCUGGCGAAAACCCAGAGGCUAUCCAUGAUAAAUCUCGACUUUGCCAAGAUAACAUUGAAGGCGUGACCGAUGGUCUACAGAGAUUGGAAGUCGCAUUUAAGAAUGCUUCAGCAGGAAUGAAACCCCUUGCGAGCAUGAAGAGUACGACACGUGUUGCAAAGAACUUUUGGGUAUCCGCUCAAAAACUCGAGGAUCUGAGAUCUUCCCUACAAGGCGAAUUAUCAAAACGCCCAACAGCUUUCCAGUCGAUCGCGGUGUUAUUGUGGCGAUGCAUCGUCCGGACGCGAUUGACGCCAGAAACCGAUCUUGCAGCUACUGAAAGCAAAGGAUUUUUCGUAACUAAUAUGCGCCAACGCCUGAACCCUCCACUGCCAAACGACUUUUUUGGUAAUUCUGCCACCUGGGUAUUUACAGGUCUGCCUGUUUCCGCCCUGUUGAAUGAUGAGAAACGCACUGUGCCGAUCAACGAGAUCCAGAAGAUUUUCCAACAGGACACAAACGAGCUCAACUUGCUGCUAACCAACCAAUUCAUCUCACGGCAAAUGAAGUCUGGAGUGUAUCCACCAAUGAAUCUCAUGGGCUAUGAUGUCUUGUUCAAUUCGUGGGAGCACUUCUAUCCAGAUAUGAAGGACCUGGAUGUCGGUUUGGGAGCUUUUUGCGCAAUGCGGCGCAUGACGGAGUCGAUAACCCCUUCCUUGGUGCUGAUCCUUCCGUCUUACGGAAGGAGAGGACAUGAUUCUGAUGAUAAGUUUAAAUAUGGAUAUCCAGGGGGUAUCGAAGUUCAGGUCCAUCUAUUUUCGGAUCAAAUGGACCUUUUACAGAAGGACCCCGAAUGGCUACAAUACGCUACCACGGAUUGA